AUGAAGACCUCUUUUGUUGUGUUGGUUCUGCUUGUUCUUUCCGUUGGAAUUGAAAAUGAAGGAGGACUGAAAGUGGUCGAGGGAAAAGUAUGCGAAGUGAAAUUGUAUGACUUCUGUGAUAGUGAUAUUUGUUUCGUGGAUUGCCCCAAGUCUUCUCCCCACGAGAACAGUUUUGAUUUCAAAUUUGUUGGAAAAAUGUUGGAACUACCAUUCAACAUGGCACUGCGGUUCCCGAAUUUGGAUUUGAAGUGUGUGCCCUUUGGCGAGAACCUAAACCCUGAAGUGCUUGGUGGCCUAGUUACUCUUGUUGCUCUUGGCUUUACUGCUGCAUAUAUCAGAUAUCGCACCAAACACCCCAAAGGAUGCUUGGACCCACAAAAUUUCAAAGAAUUCAAACUGAUAAAGAAGACUCAGCUGAGCCACAAUGUUGCAAGAUUCAGAUUUGCCCUUCCUACUCCUUCUUCUGUAUUGGGUCUUCCUGUUGGGAAAAACAUACUUGCUAGGGGAAGAGAUAGCAAAGGAGAGGAAGUUAUGAGAUCAUAUACUCCAAUCACGUUGGAUUCAGAUGUUGGCUACUUCGAGUUGGUUGUCAAGAUGUACCCAAAUGGAAAAAUGUCCCACCAUUUUAGACAAAUGAAAGAAGGUGAUUAUUUGGCUGUGAGGGGCCCCAAGGGACGUUUCACUUACGUAGCUGGGCAAGCUAGGGCAUUUGGAAUGCUUGCUGGAGGGUCAGGCAUAACUCCAAUGUUUCAGCUGAUAAGAGCCAUUUUAGAAAACCCUAAGGACAAAACAAAGUUGCACCUCAUUUAUGCCAAUGUAACAGUCGACGACAUUCUGUUGAAGGAAGAACUAGAUAAGUUUGCAGAAAAUUUUCCAGACAGAUUUGAAGUCUAUCAUGUUCUUAAUAAGCCUCCUCCCCAAUGGAAUGGUGGCAUUGGGUAUAUUACUAAAGAGAUGAUUCAAUCACAUUUCCCUGAACCAGCCCAAGAUAUUCAGAUACUUAGAUGUGGUCCACCAGCUAUGAACAGAGCCAUGGCUACUCACCUUGACGCCCUUGGCUACACACAAAGAAUGCAGUUCGAGUUCUAA